AGUCCGUGUUCGAGCAGGCAGAAAGAAAGGAGCUGCACCAUGGAGUGCUACAUAUUUUCCAUACUGUUCCUGGUCUUGACCAUGGAAUCCCAGUGUUCGCCGGACAACGGAUUUUUUAUCUCAGGCCCUGGAGUGUUUCAUGUGGGUGUUAAGGAGAAAGUGUUUGUCCAGAUGGGACGGUCUCAUCUUAAUAAUCAUGUUACUCUCUACUUGGAGCAUGAGAUUUCCAGUACUGUGUUGUCUGAGAGGAAAACUGCCAUGUGCACAGUGGAAGGAAAGAUCGAAACAGUUGAGCUCAUGAUAGACAGUGACAUUUUUUCAAGACUUCCCCCUCAACGUAGUAAACAUCCCUACCUUCUCCUUGUGGCAGAGAGUCCAUCCUUCAAGGGCAGGAAGUCCACAAGGGUCUUGAUAUCAAAACACAGGGGCUACAUCUUCAUUCAGACCCAUCAGCCAGUCUACAACCCAACACAGACAGUGAGGUACAGAAUAUUCACUCUUGACCAGACACUCAGACCUAAUGAAGAAACGUUCCAGUUAUCAGUAUUCAAUGCAGCUGGAAACAGAAUAAUUAAUUCUCUUAUGACUGCAAAAGGAGGAAUAAUCCAAGGCAAAAUCCAGAUACCUGAUGUCUCGAAAUUGGGAACAUGGAAGAUAACAGCACACUUUGAAGGAGAUAAAGAAAAUGCAGCUACCAGAGAGUUCAAAGUCGAAAAAUUUGUUUUACCAAGUUUUGAGGUCAACAUUGAACUGGAGCAGAGCUUUAUUUUGUUGAACACUGAAUACUUAAACUUCACCAUCUCAGCCAAGUAUUCACAUGGCGAGCAAGUUAGAGGGGCUUACCAUUGCCAGUUUGGUGUGAUGGAAAAAAAUAGAAGAGAUGGCCAAAAGAGGAAGCCUGUCUUUCUCAGGGGGCUGGAAUUGACUGGUUCAGUCCCGAAUGGAACAGCCUCGCUCCUGAUGGCAGACUUACAUGUGACACUGCAAAAACAAAACCUAACCCUCUCUGGAUUACAGAACAUAGGAUCACAACUCUACCUGGGAGUGUUUGUCACUAACAUACAAAGUGGUGAAAUACAAGAGGCUGAAGUUUACCUUCCUAUCAUGUCCCGGAAGUACUCCAUUGAUCUCUCUCGAACACGUUCAUAUUUCAUCCCUGGAUAUCCACUAGAUGUGGUGGUUGUCAUGCGUCACCCUGAUGGCUCCCCAGCAGCUGGUGUGCCUGUAAGGAUUGAAGUAUCAUCCAUAGAGGAUCAUUGGGAAGGCACAACUAACCAGGAGGGGGCAGUAUUUCCUGUGUUUAAUAUUAACACUGACGCUCAGAUUACUCUGCAAGUGUCUGCAGAUGGUCUGCAACAACGGAAACAAAUACAAAAAGCCUCAUCUCCAAGCAACAGCUACCUUUACCUGAGUUUUACCAAUAGGAUAUACUCUGUGGGGGAGUUACUCACUGUAAAUUUAAAUGCAGUCAAUGGCCCAAAUAAUGGCUUUAUAUACUAUAUGAUCUUAAGCCGUGGGAUGCUAAUAAAACAGGAUUCUCUCAGAUUGGGUACUUUUGUUAAAGUCUACCUGCCGAUAACAACUGAGAUGGUGCCAUCGUUCCGUCUGAUUGGCUACUUCUAUGAUCAGCAUGGUAACAUCAUUGCUGAUUCGGUGUGGGUUGAUGUCAGAGAUGAAUGUGAGAUAAAGGUCAAGGUAGUACUCACAGGACCGUUUAAACCUCGACAACAGGCUAGGCUUGAAUUUGACUUACAUGGUCAAAAAGCCAAAGUGGCUCUGCUGGCCGUUGAUAAGGCCAUUUACGCUCUCAAAACUGACAAUAGACUCACAGCCAAACAGGUAUUUUCAACUAUGCAGACAUAUGACCUUGGCUGCUCCUACACGGGAGGAUCUGACCCUGCUUCAGUGCUAACAGAUGCUGGACUCUCAUUUGUAUCUAACUCACAGUCAGAGUCGAGAAAGAGUUUUGGCUGUAAAUCACAAUCCACACGACAAAGACGUGCUGUGGACCUUGAACAGGAAGUUACAACUUUAAGAUCUAACUUUACAGACGAAAAGUUGAAAGACUGUUGUGUUCAUGGCUUUUCUCUAAUCCCAAUGAGAAAAACUUGUGAGGAGAGAGCAAGGAGAGUCUCUCUGGUCGAAGCAAAUCCUUUUUGUGCAGAAGCAUUUUUAAAAUGUUGCCUUGAAGGAGAACGUCUGAGACAGAAAAAGACACAAGAAGAAGCCUGGAAAGAACUUGGAAGGACUGCAACAAUAGAAGAUAUUGAACUGUACUUCUUGGAAAAUGCUGGUCGUAACAUUCGAAGACUUUUCCCCCCGAGCUUUGACUUCAAAGAAUUUGAUGUAAAUGGCAAAGAAAGCUAUGUUAUAGCUCUACCAGAUUCCAUCACUACAUGGGAGAUUCAGGUCAUCACUCUGUCUGCAGCCACUGGUUUCUGUGUAGUAAAACCAUCUGAGUUCAGAGCAUUUCAGGAGGUAUUCGUGUCCCUGAGACUGCCUUACUCAGUGAAAAAAUAUGAGCAACUCUCUAUUUCACCUGUCAUCUACAACUAUGGCCAACAGACACUACAGCUGGCAGUUCAUAUGGAACAAACUGAUGGGCUUUGUUCCCCUGGCUCGGCCACCACCACAUCCUUUGUUAACAUCACUUUGAAUCCCAAGUCCUCCCAGUUUGUGUCAUUCUCUGCUGUCCCCAUGGUUACCGGCUCAAUACCCAUCAAAAUACGUAUCUAUGAUAUGGAAAAUGAAUAUGGAUUGGAUGCAAUUGAGAAGACUUUGAACGUGUUGACAGAAGGAAUGGAAAAGAGAGUAGAAGAAACCAAACUGAUUAACUUAGAUGGCAAGAGCACAGAGACUUUCACUAUUGAUGGAUCUUUACCAGGUGAAACAGUCCCUGACUCCAGCUCAAAUAUUUUCAUUUCUGUAGAAGGAGACGGAUUUGGCAGUGUACAUGCAAAUAACCUACUUUCUCCUGAGAAAGUUGCCAAAUUGAUCAGGUUGCCUACGGGAUGUUUAGAACAGACAAUGGGAAAACUUGCUCCUACAGUUUCAGCCAUCCGCUACCUUGACCUCAGUGAGCAAUGGUUUGAACUGCCUGCUGGUGCCAGAGAUAAAGCCCUGGAUGAAGUUGAGCAGGGUCAUGCAAAAAUUAUAAGUUUCAAGAAAGCCGAUGGAUCUUAUUCAUCAUUCCGCUAUGUGCCACAAAGUAAUUGGGUGACUGCCCUUGUAGUGAAGUUGCUAUCGUUUAUUGCACAACGUCAGGCAGAGACUUAUGGGCUACAGGGCAGGACUGCAAAGUUAGUACCAGACGAAGAGAUCAGACAUCCAGUCAGAUUCUUGCUAUCAGCGCAGAGGGGUGAUGGUUCAUUCACUGACCAUCAUCAAGUGCUACACAGAGGAGUUCUGAAAGACACAGAUCGAGACAUGUUCAUCACAGCUUUCGUAGCGCUCGCACUGCAACGGUCCCUUACAUUUCUAAAUCCUGAAGAAAGAAAUAAUGCGGAGGCAAGUAUUUCAAGUUCAACAUCAUAUCUCCUGUCACACCUUGAGGAGCUUCAGCAUCCAUAUGCUGUUGCCAUUACAGUCUACUGCCUCGCAGUUUGCCUUCCAUCAGGAACAGACCAUUCAUCUAUCUGGACAAAACUUCAAGAUCUCGCUACUGAAGGAGAGAAUGGGUGUUAUCUGUGGACAAACAAUCCCAGCCCGAAGAAUAAAGUUAAUGCAGAUGCCAUCACAAUAGAGACCACAGCCUACGCCCUUCUUGCUGCAGUGGAACUUCGGAAAAGCGAGUGGGCCAACAAAGCAGCCUGCUGGUUAACCACCCAAGAAAACAGUGCUGGAGGCUUCAGAUCAACACAGGAUACGGUCAUGGCACUGGAAGCCCUGGCAGAGUAUGAGCUAAAGAGGCCUGUCAGUCCUGAAGCAAGACUAAAUGCAGUGUUCACAUCUCCAGGAAAGAGAGAUAUUAUAAAGCUUCAACUAGAAAAUAAGAAGGACAAGGUGGAAAAAGACCUUAAGAAACUUGCAGGGCAAAACAUUAAUGUGGAGUUAACAGGAAAAGGGACAACCAAACUUAAGGUUGUGAAAGCAUAUCAUCUACUGGAGCCCAAGGAUGAGUGUAAACAAGUCUCUAUCACAGUCACAGUAGAAGGAAAAGUGAAGUAUACUGCUAAGGUCAUUGAAAAUUAUGACUACUACGACGACUAUGGAAACAACGAGGACAAGGAGGUGCAAAUUCCUCAAUCAGAGAUUGAGUGGUUUGAUGUUCAGACCAAAAACCGGAGAGAUAAUUCAAAAUCAGAAGACACUCUUACUUACAGAGUCUGUGUCAGUCACAGUCUGCAUCGUAAUCUCACAGGAAUGGCCAUUGCUGACAUCACACUUCUCAGUGGAUUUGAGGUUGAAACUGAGGACCUAGACAUACUUAAAGAGGAACCUGAACGAUACAUUUCACAUUAUGAGGUCUCCUAUGGAAGGGUCCUGAUAUAUUUCAAUGAGCUCUUUGAUAGCAUUGAAUGUAUUACCUUUGAUGCUAUACAGAGAGUCCCAAUCGGCCUUCUCCAGCCUGCUCCCGCUGUGUUCUAUGAUUACUAUGAACCAAAUGUAAAGUGUAAUGUGUUCUACUCGGCUCCCCAAAGAAGCAAGCUGAUCUCUAAACUGUGUUCAGAGGACGUGUGCCAGUGUGCAGAGAGACCUUGUCAUAAAAUACAAAACACAUUCAUAUCAGAUCGAAGAAUCAAGAAUGAGAACAGGCGUUUAAUGCACGCUUGCUUCUUCCCUACCGUUGAUUAUGCAUACAUGGUUGAAGUCCUCAACGUUUCCAUGAAGAGUAACUUUGAGCUCUACAGAACAAACAUAAUUGAGGAACUCAAAUCACAUGGAGAUACUUUUGUAGACGGGAAUUCAAUUCGAGUGUUUGCUAAGAGACGUCAGUGUAAAGGACAGCUGGAUUUGGGAAAACAGUAUCUGAUAAUGGGCAAAGAUGGCCCCACAACCGACUCAAAUAACAAGAUGCAAUACUUACUGGAAUCAAACACCUGGGUUGAAAGAGAGCCCUCAGAGGAAGAAUGUAACAAAAGUCAACACAAAGCUGCUUGCAGAGCGUUCCGUACAUUCACACAGAGGUACAAGAUAGAUGGCUGCAGACAGUGAAGAGCCCUGCCAAACCAAUGUGUUCUAUUAAAACGUUAUUUUUCUGUUUAGUGUAGCUCUGUUACAGCAGCUUCCUGUGAGCUGCACAGAAAUCAGAGAGCUUUUUUUUCUUACUGUUCAUUAUAUAUCUAACCAGAGUCAUGUAAGUUUUGUGUAAGACCAUCCAUGAUGACUGAGAAAUACUGCCUGCUAGGUGGAAGAAUCGAUCAAUCACAGAAAGUUUAAAAUAAUCCAACACAUAAUGUUACCCUUUAUCAUUUAUCUUUGUCCCAUACAGUUACAUGUGUUAUAAAAAUAAAUAAAAAACAUCACUGUUGUCCAGAAAAUGUCGCUGUAUCUGUUUGAUUGCUCUGAGCAUUUACUGUGUAUAUAUGUUGCAACAAUGAUUUGAAAUGGAACUUAACAGAAAUUGAAAAAAUAAGUACAUGCACAAACAUUUUCUCUUUCAUAUCUUUCCAAAUCGUGUGAUUCUGUUUGGGGAACUGGUUUGAUUUAGCUCUCCUGCUGAAUAUAUAUUUAUUUUUCAGGUUUUUUUUUUCUUUUACUGGCAGUGAAAGGCCUAAGAGGGGUCUCUGUGCUCGACUCAAGCCCCCCUCAAAGUUUCCCUCCCCUUUUUACUAAGCAUCUGCAAGAUGAGGAAAGGGAGGGUUGGUUUUAGGGUUAGCACAGUGCAUACACAUAAAGUGACAGUUACAGUCUGCACAUAAGACUUGUUUACUUGCCCCUGGUGGAGAAAGAUACUGAUAUGUCAUUGCCACUUUCAUUACAUUCUAGAAUAAUAUCAAUUUAUAAUCAAUAAUUAUCUCAUUGUCCUCAAAUGUGCUUAGCAACAUGCUACAGAAGAUGCUUAGUGCAAUUAUAUAAUACAAAACAAGUUGUUUUUUUUUAGGUGAUGCAGGGAGCAGCAAUGGGAGAGAACGAGGGGCAGUGGGAGGGGGCAGUGCAGGAGACAGGGGGGCAUGGGCGGAGAGGAGAGGAACAAGUGAGGGCUUAUGUGCUCAUAUUAUUCUAAUCUCUGAGGCUUGGCCCAAUGUAAGCAACAUGGGAGUACUGACCAUCACUUCAAUCACAGCCAGAUCAAUGGCUGCACUGUUUCAGCCUCUGCCAUUAGACAUUUCAUUAAAUUUGAAUCACACACUUUUUCAUCUUGGGAUUACUUAAGUGCACCAUUAGCAGCCAACAGCAACAUCACAUUCAAAAAGUGAUCUCUUUUACUGAAGCUUUCUUAAGUAAUCAAUGGUGUGUCAUGACUAAGCAGUGUCGAGUUGUGCUUAUGUUUAGAGUCACAAUCAAUCAAGAGAAGUCAAUUAGUAGAAGUAGAAGUGAUAUUGCACAGGCUCUCUUUUAGGUGAUUGAACGAUACUGUAGAUAUGUAUUUUACAUAUAGUUCAGUUUGCCACAAUAUAUAUUGUCUGAAUACACAUACAACAUAUAAGAUGCUCAGGUAAACAAAAACAAAAUAUGCCUCAAUAUCAACUAUGAAAGUAGGAAUUGGGGGAUUUGGAAAUAUGCUCGUAUAUGACCAGGUGUGUUGUGUUAGGUGUGCAGUAGCCUUUUUUAAGCUCUUUCCAAAGGCCAACACGAGGUCAAGGGUUUGAGGGUGGUCUAAGGUGCAGAAAGGAUAAAAGCAAAGGCGGAGCUCUUCUGGAGGCUGCCAGCAGAUGGAGGCACUGAUGGAGUGGGACCACCCACUCAUUGGUACACAAUUUGCUGUCAAUUACAGUUGAUAUUUUAUGUCAAUAUAGAGGUGACUUUGUCUGUUAUUAGAAUGUGCAAGCUUCGCAGUAGACAUUUUGAUGACCGUGUGUUAAGCUGUGCCAGUUUAAGUGAUCUGGUAGUUUUCAUGCUUGCUGAUCGUGACUGUCAUGACCUUCUGAAACACAAGCAUGGAUCCCAUCGCGAAAUUGACUAGUAGCACACAUGCUUUGAUAAAGUGAGAAGUUAAAAUACCUGCUGUGCAAAAGGUCUUUUGUAGAAGCUUUCACUGGAUGGUAAUGAUUGUGACUUAUUUCUUGAGUUCAUUUUGUCCACAAUUAUGAGCAAUAAAAAUAUAUUGCACGAUAA